GAUGGACGUGGUGAAGGCACAGUAUGGCAUACUGUCUGAGACCGUUAAGCAGGUGUCCUUCCAGGGCCUGCAGGGGGAGCUGCAGAGUUAUUUGGAAAGCCAGCUGGCAGGCGUGCAGAGCCAAGCUCGCAGCCACCUGCAGAAGUCAUAUGCCGUGCACAAAACGGAUGCCAAGAUGAUGGACGUGACCGGCGACACAGAUCACGCUCUACUCGGCUGUCGUAACGCAUGUGGCCCUGAAGAGUACUGCAAUUUUCAAAUGCAGCCGUCGCAGUGCCAACAGUGCACCAUGUGUCCACCUGGGUUCUUCCUGGUGUCACAGUGUUCACCCAAUGCUGACAGGAUUUGCCAGGACAGAGAUGAAUGCUUGGAAAUCCCAACCUUGUGUGGAGAGAGAGUGAAAUGCCUCAAUACACCAGGUGGUUUCCGGUGCUUGGGUGUGUCUGAAAGAGACAUCUCAUCAGGCCUGUGCGGUCACGAGUACUUCUACAAUCAGGAGCUACAAGAGUGUCAAGCAUGUUCAGACUGUGAUGGACAGCCCAUAGCCGUUCCAUGUAGCACCAUGAGUGACUCUGUAUGUGGAGUGAUCUCAGAAAAUGUAUUCUCCAAGUCCUGGUCUGCCGCGGUCACGUUACCUUCAGCUCGAUCAAAAAGCAGUGCUGUGUUCCCAGGUCUGCAGCUGAGUGUAAUGGGAAAGGAGGGAAGCGAUCUUUUGAUCAACCGAGAUGGUUCCAUCAGCCUCCAUCAGCAUGGUUUACUCUGGCUGGAUCACAACUUUGCCUUGAAGCACAGCUGCCGCAACUUCCUGCAGGUUGGUGUGAGGCUUAGUGGUGGCAGUGAGGAGGAAGGUCGCGACCUCAGUGGUGUACGGGUGGAGCAGCCAGAGAGGAAGCACUUCCAGGGUGUGAGUGUGAGUGCAGCUGCUGAGGUGGAGCCCAACCAGACUCUGUGGCUGCUGCUCAAAAGCCCAAACCAGCACUGCAACCAGAGCAAAGAACUGCAGCUUUAUGAGCUCGGAUCUUCCGCUUUCAGCCUGCUCUGGCUGUCACAUGACACCGGGGCUGUCGCAAUGACUGCUCAGACGUCUACGGCACCUCACUACCAUGGUAACUAUCGGCCAUCCUUUCGUGUUGCUACUGUCUCUGACCCCUAUGUAGUGGCAUUGACUCAUGACAGCCGUGGAAUUCGCUUCACUGAGCGAGGAAUUGUCAAGUUUGUCCUGCAGCAGGCACUCUACUCCAUGGGCCACACUUGCAUUCGUGAAGGCUUCUCACUAGUCGCCUACAUUAAUACAAAUGGGACCAACCAGGAAGUAAAGCGCUCAUUUAAAUCUGGAGUCAACUAUAGGGACACCUCCAUCACCUUGUCUGCUACUACCAUCGUGGACUCGGGUGACUGGCUAAACUUUGAGAUCCUCACUCCGUCACAGUGCAAUGUCCGAUACUUUGGAGACAGCUCUGGAAUUAGCAUGCUAAGUCUGCUCUGGAUUCCAGCAGCCAUUUCCUCAUCUCUAAUGGCCACCGUGUCCAGGACAGGCCUUCCAUCUGGAGCUGUGAGGAACAAACCUUUGUUGUUUCAGCAGGUUGGUCCGGAUGCUGAACACAUCCGGCUUGCUGGCACAGGACACCAACACCCACAAAGGAAUUUUGUUUUCCAAGAAGCUGGGACAGUCAAUGUGGCACUCACUGUGAAGCUCAUUCACUCGUGCAACGUGGUGAAGCUGGUGCUACAUCAGCAGGGCCAGGACAGGACGAAUUCAGCUCCUUUGGCACAGCAGGUCGGGGGUCAGAUGCCCGAAGGUAGCGAAUGGACCAGUGUUGGUGUCAGAGCGUCUUUCGAGGUCCAGAACGGCACAGCCAUUUACAUCACGCUGGACUGUAUACGUGGACGCAUCAAUCAAAUCACACAUGAUGAAGGCACCAACAUUUCCAUCCUCUGGGUGGCUGCGUGAGACCAGGAUUUCACAUCUCCUCAUUCUUGCUCUUGUUAGGAACAGGUGCUUUCAGAAAAUCAUGGCCUUUGUUAUUGUAUGCACAGAAAAACGAGGCACACUUUACAAUGAAUUCCUUAUCUGUGGCUGCAAUUUACCACCAUUUGUAAUGAAAAGAAAUAUAAUAAUAUAAUAAUAUAAACAGAAAAUGGUGCUUUAAGAAAUGUCUUCUGGUCAAAACUGAACAAAUGUUUGGCAGGGUUAACAUUCAGUAAUUUGGAAAUAUGAUACCUAUAAUGAAAAGGUGCUAUUUAAAUCGAGCUAUAUCCUCUGUUUAUUUGUCGUUUGAUGUUUAUUGCAAUGUUGUUUGUUUAUCGAGUUAAUUGUGUCUGUGUUUAUUUUGCUUAAAGGUAGACUGCCUUUCAGGUUUUUCAAGUGGAGGUCAUAAAAAUAAUUUCCCCCAGACACCCAAUUAUUUUUGUUUAGUGGACCGAAAGCUACUGAAUUCAUUUCACAGACUUCCAAUUUUAUUAGGUUUAUGU